AUGAAGUUCCUCGUCCUUCUCUCGUUGGCUGUUGCCGUUUCUGCGAUUCGUGUUCAAGUUUCCAGUCAAGCCUAUCAAGAGGCUGUCAAAGAAGCAAGUCGUAUCGAAAAAAUCAUUGCAUCCAAAAACCAUCAUCUCGUCGGACAACUUUUGGCCAAUGGCUUCACAUACAAAUCUUGCGACAAAAUUGUUGGCCGAAAAGCUGUCUUGAAAUACUUGAGAAGAUUGACUGAAGGAACUGUUUAUAGAACAACUGUGAUUGCUGCCAAAUACAGAAACCACGGAAAACAAUUGCAAUACACCAUUGUUUGGAAAGUCGGAAAACAAAUUUCAACUUUCAAAGUUCUUGUCGAAAGAAGAGACAGUGGAGCAAUUCUUUUGAAUGUCACUCAUGCUGGAUGCAAAAGCCGUGUCAAUUCGAAAUCGCUUAGUCUUUUCGCCGCUUCAAGCUAA